AUGGCUAUCCUCUUCAGCCUUUCACUCCGGGUCUCUCCACUCCCCUCAACACCCGCCUCGCCGCCAGGUGAAACCUCAAUGCAAGCCCAGUGCGAGGGCCCCAGCCCCACUGGCCAGGAGGCGCCUCUCCUGACUAGAAAAGAAGAUGAUACAGGAGAGGCGGCGACCUCUGGCAGUGGUGGUAUGGGCCUGAGCAAUGGGGGCGCAGCGAGGUGGAUCCGUUUGGCCUAG